UAUAGAAGUAAAGCCACAGCUUCACUCUUACCGCUCCCUCAAAACCCUAAUCUUUUUUCGUCGAGUAGGGUUUUGCAGAGCCUCCAUUGUUCUUUUUAUUUUUAUUUUCUCAGUUUCCAUCGCUAAUUGCUCAAAAAUCCUUCUAAGCUUAAGAUUUUAGUCUAUUUCUCCAAUGGGCAAGUCCAGCAAGAAGUCUGCUAAAGUUGAUGCAGCUCCGGCUGCAGUCCCGUCUUCCAAGCCGGCGAAGAAAGGUAAGAGAGCGGCUGAGGAGGUUGUGGAGAAAGAAGUGGUAGCGAAGAAGCAGAAAAGAGAGGCGGCCGUUGAGCAGGCAGUUCAGAAGCAGAAGGUCGAAGCAAAAACACAAAAGAAGAAGAAGGUGGAGACUAGUAGUUCAGAGGAAGAUUCCUCUUCUGAAGAAGAGACGGAACCUGCUCCUAAAGUUAUUCCCUCUUCAAAGAAAGACACUUUGCCCCCUAAAAAGGCUAAUGGCGUUGCUGCCCCUGCAAAGAAGAAGCCUGCUAGCAGCAGCAGCAGCAGCAGCAGCAGCUCAGAGGAUGAUUCCUCGGAUUCUGAUGAGAAGCCGGCUUCCAAGGCUGCCACAACCUUGAAGAAGGGACCAAGUGCUGUCUCUGCGAAGAAGAGCAAGGCAUCCAGUAGUUCGGAGGAAGACUCAUCUGAAGAUGAUUCUGAUUCUGAUGAGGAACCAAAGGGAAAAGUUAUUGCAGCAAAUAAGAGCGUACCUGCUACUACCCCCAAACGGAAAGUGGAGUCAAGUACCUCAGACUCAGAUGACAGUUCGGAGGAGGAAGAUGAGCCGGCCAAGAAAGGUAUUGCUGUUGUUUCUAAGAAGAAGAGUUCUGAUUCAGAUACUUCAGAAGAGGACGACAGCUCAUCAGAUGAAGAACCUAAAAACAAGGAAUCCAAAAAAAGCAAUGAACAGAAGAAAAUGCCUGCAGCUGCUAAGAACGGCUCUGCAGCUCCUACUAAAGAUGAAUCGAGUGAUGAGUCUGAUUCAGAGAGUUCAGAUUCUGAUGAAGAUGUUCCUGCAGUGAAACCUGCUACCAAGGCACCUGCUAGUGCUAAAAAGACAGAGUCUAGUGAUAGUUCGGAAGAAAGUGAUUCUGAUGAGGAAGAAGACAGCGACUCUGAUGAGGAACCGGCUGCAAAAAAGCCUGUUCCAGCUAAGGCUCAACCGGCCAAGAAGGUAAAAGAGAGUUCAGACAGUAGUUCUGAGGAAGAGGACGAGGACACUGAUACUGAUGUAGAAAUGGAGGAAGCUGCUGCGUCACCAAAAUCAGUUGCCAAGCAAUCUAAGAAAGAAGCACCUAGAACUCCGGUUACUCCUAAAGAUCAGAGUGGUGAAUCGAAGACACUAUUUGUUGGCAACCUGUCAUUUCAAAUCGAACAGGCUGAUGUGGAGAAUUUCUUCAAAGAUGUUGGAAUGCCUGUUGAUGUCCGUUUUGCUUCUGACCAUGAUGGAAGGUUCAAGGGCUUUGGGCAUGUUGAGUUUGAGUCUCAUGAAGUAGCUAAAAAAGCUCUUGAAUUGAACGGUGAACUCCUCUUAAAUCGCGAAGUGAGACUUGACAUGGCCCGAGAAAAAGGUGCAUACACCCCAUAUGACAGCAGAGAGAGGAACAACUCAUUCCAGAAAGGUGGUAGGGGCCCGAGUCAAACAGUAUUUGUUCGUGGAUUUGAUCGAUCAUCAGGAGAGGAUGAGAUCAGAAGUGCCUUACAGGAGCAUUUUGGCGCCUGUGGAGAUAUUACCAGGGUGUCAAUUCCGAAGGACUAUGAGACGGGCAACGUUAAAGGGAUGGCUUACAUGGACUUCGGUGACUCCGAUAGCUUCAACAAAGCUCUUGAACUUAAUGGCAGUGAACUCCACGGGAACUACUUAACUGUUGAAGAGGCUAAGCCACGUGGAGACAGCCGUGAUGGUGGUGGUAGUGGGAGAGGUGGAUGGAGUGGUGGAAGGAGUGGAGGAAGAGGUGGUGGUGAUGGUAGAAGUGGUGGGCGCUUUGGAAGUGGGGGACGAUUUGGUGGCAGAGGAGGACGUGGUGGUGAUCGCGGUGGCAGAGGUGGAAGAGGAGGACGGGGAGGUUUUAACAAACCAAGCAUGACUGCAACUGGGAAGAAAACCACAUUUGGUGAUGAUGAGUGAAUGAAGAAGAGGUCUAGUUUAAUGAUGUGUUUUUCACCUACAAUUCAAAAAAUGGCAUGAUCAGAGUCUCUCGUAGAGAAAAGGGAAAAUUGUAAAAGCAAAUGUUGAGGGGGAAAUGAAAGUUUUGGCAUUUAAAGAAAAAAAGACGUACUAGUAUUUAGUAGUAGCUGAGUGUGAUUGCUUUUCUUUAAGGAACUCUUUAAUUUUUAUGGUUAUUUAAUUAUUAUUUUUCUCUCUAAAAUUUAUAUGUCCACCGAUAACUAUAAUAUUUAGCAUCAAUACAAUCAAAUCAUAUGUUUGUGUUUCGAAA